AUGUCUAUUUCCUUGAGCUCUUUAAUUUUGUGUCCAAUUUGGAUAAGCAUGGCACAAAUCCAGCAGGGAGGUCCAGAUGAAAAAGAAAACACUACAGCACUGAAAGAUUUACUAUCUAGGAUAGAUUUGGAUGAACUAAUGAAAAAAGACGAACCACCUCUUGAUUUUCCUGAUACCCUGGAAGGAUUUGAAUAUGCUUUUAAUGAAAAGGGUCAGUUAAGACACAUAAAAACUGGGGAACCAUUUGUUUUUAACUACCGAGAAGACUUGCACAGAUGGAAUCAGAAAAGAUACGAAGCUCUAGGAGAGAUCAUCACAAAGUAUGUAUAUGAGCUUCUGGAAAAGGACUGUAAUUUGAAAAAAAUAUCUAUACCAGUAGAUGCCUCUGAGAGUGAACCAAAGAGUUUUAUCUUUAUGAGUGAGGAUGCUUUGACAAAUCCACAGAAACUGAUGGUUUUAAUUCAUGGUAGUGGUGUUGUCAGGGCAGGUCAGUGGGCUAGAAGGCUAAUUAUAAAUGAAGAUCUGGACAGUGGCACACAGAUACCAUUUAUUAAGAGAGCUAUGGAUGAAGGAUAUGGAGUAAUAGUUUUGAAUCCCAAUGAAAACUAUAUUGAAAUAGAAAAGCCGAAGAUACCUGUACAGGCAUCUUCUGAGAGUUCAGAUGAACCAGCAGAAAAACGGGAAAGAAAAGAUAAAAUCUCUAAAGAAGCAAAAAGACGACGUGAAUUCUAUGAGAAAUAUCGUAACCCUCAAAGAGAAAAAGAAAUGAUGCAAUUGUAUAUCAGAGAAAAUGGCUCUCCUGAAGAACAUUCCAUUUAUGUAUGGGACCAUUUCAUAGCCCAGUCGGUGGCUGAGAAUGUAUUUUUUGUUGCUCACAGCUAUGGAGGACUUGCUUUUGUUGAACUGAUGAUUCAACGAGAAGCAGAUGUAAAAAACAAGGUAACUGCUGUAGCGCUGACAGACUCUUGUCACAAUGUGUGGCAUCAAGAAGCUGGCAAAACGAUUCGAGAGUGGAUGAGAGAGAACUGCUGUAACUGGGUCUCUAGCUCAGAACCAUUAGACACAUCGGUGGAGUCCAUGCUGCCUGACUGCCCCCGAGUUUCUGCAGGCACGGACCGUCACGAGCUCACUUCCUGGAAGAGCCUCCCGUCCAUUUUCAGAUUCUUCGCCGAAGCCUCGGAGGCCAAGAGCAGCUCCCCGAAGCCGGCGCUGACGCGGCGCUCGCACCGCAUCAAGCACGAGGAGCUGUGA